AUGAUCGGUACUGGCGAGUACACCACCGGCUUUGUCGGCGGCGGCGCCUCUGGCUCAGACAAGAAGGUCGGUGUUGUCGGCCUCAGUCUGUUUGACCUGCGACGUCGCGAAAAGGUCAACAAGCUGGGCAUGGUCGGUGUCAAUGGCAAGAAGUUUCCUGCCAUCCGCGAGCAUCUCCACAAGAACAUCAGCCAAGUCUACAACAACCUCGACACCUCCUUCGACUCCUUCCCCGACAACAACACCGUAGACCCCGAUGCCUACAAGACUGCCAUUGACGGCCUCAAGGCCGGUGACGCCAUCACCAUCUUCACUCCAGACCCUACUCACUACCCCAUUGCACGCUAUGCCAUUGAGCGCGGCAUCCAUGUCAUGAUCACCAAGCCCGCCGUCAAGAUCCUCGAGCAACACCAGGAGCUUGUCGAGCUGGCCCACGAAAAGGGCGUCUACGUCUACGUCGAGCACCACAAGCGCUUCGACCCCGCCUACGCCGACGCUCGCGCAAAGGCCCAGACCCUCGGUGACUUCAACUACUUCUACAGCUACAUGUCCCAGCCCAAGUCGCAGCUCGAGACCUUCAAGGCCUGGGCCGGCAAGGAGUCGGAUAUCUCCUACUACCUCAACAGCCACCACAUUGACAUCUGCGACUCCAUGGUUCAGGAGCGCGGAUACGUCCCCGUGACCGUCACAGCUUCUUCCUCCAAGGGUGUUGCUCUUGAUCUGGGUUGCGACCCUGCUACUGAGGACACCAUCUCCCUCCUCGUCACCUGGCUCAAGAAGGACGACCCCAGCAAGCGCGCUGUUGGUGUCUACACUGCCUCAUGGACAGCACCCCAGAGGGCCGGUGUUCACUCCAACCAGUACUUCCACUACCUUGCCGCCAACGGUGAAAUCCGCGUUGACCAGGCCAAGCGCGGCUACGACGUUGCCGACGACUCUGUCGGCCAGCUCAUGUGGUACAACCCCUUCUACAUGAAGUACGCCCCCGACGAGGACGGCAACUUUGCCGGCCAGACUGGCUACGGCUACAUCUCCAUGGAGAAGUUUGUCGACGGAUGCCGCGCCGUCAACUCUGGCAAGCUCACGCCCACAGACCUUGACAACAAGCCUCUGCCCACUCUCAAGAACACCAUCGCCACGACGGCCAUUCUCGAGGCUGGCCGGAGGAGCAUUGACGAGAAGAGGGAGGUCAAGAUUGUGGUUGAGAAUGGCAAGUGGAGGCUUGAGUAG